UAGUGUAAUAGUGGUUUAUAAUGGAAAACUUUAAAAUUAUUACGUCUGAACGCGGAAAAGAGCUUGCAUUAUUAAAUAAUGAUAAAUAUUCAUAUGUAAGGACACGCAAAGAUGGAUUAAUGAAAUGGAAAUGUUCCAAUAACAGUUGUAGUGCCAGUUUAUUAACAAAAAUAGACAAAACUUUCCAUUCGUCAAAUGGUAAACAUGUAAAUCAUGCAAGUAAUAACAACGAAAAAAUUGAAAGACAGAUUUUGAGGGAAAAUUGUAAGCGAAAAGCUGAAGAAAAUACAUCGACAAGACCGUUAAAAAUUAUUAGAACAGAGUUAUUAAACAGUGACUUACCAAAUAUUAUGAACAAUGAUAUUACAUCAGUGCGAAAGGCGAUUUAUGAUAAAAAAAGAAAACAGUAUCCAAUUUAUCCUACUUCUUUAAAUGAAGCUAUAUCCCAAUUAAAAAAUAUACAAAAUAAUGAUUUAUGUAUGUUUAAAAGUGAACAAUUUGUUUUUGUUCCUGAAACAAAUGACUUCGUUUGUAUAACAAUUAGCCAAAAUUUAAAUUUUAUAUCGAAACAAACCGAUUUUUUUGGAGACGGUACAUACGAUUUUGCACCAAAAUUUUUCUUACAACUAUAUACAUUACACACAUACGUGAAUGGUUUUUACGUGCCUGUUGUUUAUUUUUUUUUACCAAACAAAACAAAACAAAUUUACAUUAUGAUGUGGAAGUAUCUUUUGCAAAUAUGUCCGGCUCUAAACGUUAAAAAGCUGCAUCUCGACUUCGAAAUUGGUGCUCACGAAGCAGUCAAAGAAAUUUUUCCCAAUGUCAUUAUCGAAACUUGCCGUUUUCAUAUAGCCCAAGCUUGGUGGAGAAAGAUAAACGGAGAAUCAAAGUUGAGAAGUGCAUACAAAGACAACAAUGACGAAUUAGGUCAAUGGCUUAAAUUAUUUUUUGGUUUGCCUUUUCUACUUCCCACUGAUGUCGAUGAUGCGUUUACAAAACUUAUGGCAAUAUGUCCAGACUUAGAAGUUGGGAGUUUAUUUUCAGACUACGUAUUAAACACAUACAUUGAAGAUGAUUCGCUAUUUCCUCCUAUUCUUUGGGCUCAAGUACCGUCAUUAAACCCAAGAACCACCAAUGGAGCAGAAAGUUUUCACAGAACUUAUAAUGGACAAUUUUACAGCACACAUCCUCCUACACAUGCAGUAAUUUCUGUUUUAAAGGAAACCCAAACACAAACCGUGGCAAUAAUCAACUCCAUUGAAAAUAAUAUUACAAAAACCAUGGCCAGAAAAGAUUAUAAUCGUAUUGUUUCAACAAUUAAUUUAUAUAAAGAGUUUGAACAAAAUAAGGACAUUAUAUGGUAUUUAAAAUUAACCGGAAAUAAGUACUUAGGAAAAAAAUAUUGA